GAAGCAAACUACUUGUUGUUAAUAUCUUUAUUUGCGCCCCGUCGGAUCCUGCGGUCGAGCUUCUAGUGCCUGUAUACUUCCCCCUGGUGAUCCUGUCGGAUAGUGGCGCCUGGAAACGGAAAAUCAUCCAUCUACUUCACUGGCAGUUGAGCUAACAGGUUGUGGAUAUUCAUACAGCGUUUCCAGUACCUUUGCGCUCGGCGUUUCGCUCGCAUACAUUGGGGCCCAGAAGAACCAUGACUGGCCUUUCUUCGCCGCACAAUGGCUCCCUCGAGCGGGGCGAGAGAGAGUCUCUGAUCAACGAAACCAGUCGACUCAAUGCCAGCCUCGAACGGGAACGUUUCAAGCGGGACAGUCGUUGGGCGCAUUUUCCAGCCAAUGUCAUUCGAUUGACCUGGACGACGUUAGUGCGCGAUUAUGUCAAUGUCCUGCUCGUUUUCGUGCCUCUGGGCAUCAUCGCUGGGGGCCUCCAUUGGGACAGCACUGUCGUGUUCACGUUGAACUUCAUCGCCAUCAUCCCCCUCGCGUCGUUGCUGAGUUUUGCGACCGAGGAGCUGGCGGCGGUCAUGGGACAGGCCAUGGGGGGUCUGAUGAAUGCGACCUUUGGUAAUGCGGUGGAACUGAUUGUGAGCAUCAUCGCGUUAAGGGACAACCAGAUCCGGGUGGUCCAGGCCAGCAUGCUGGGCAGCAUUCUGUCCAAUAUCUUGCUGGUGCUGGGCUGCUGUUUCUUCGUUGGCGGCCUUCGCUACUCCGAGCAAUCCUUCAACAGCACCGUGGCGUCGACCAUGUCGUCUCUGAUGACCGUGGCGUCGGCGUCUCUCAUCAUUCCGGCCACGCUCUACCCCUUCUUGACUGCCUCCAAUGGCCCGGGGCAGGAGAAGAAGACCCGGGAUAACAUCCUCCUUCUCUCACACGGAACCUCCAUCAUCCUGUUGGUCCUUUAUGUCAUGUACCUUUACUUCCAGCUCCGAUCGCACGCGCGACUGUUCGAGGAAGUCAAUUCCGAUGCCGAGCACCAUGGCGGUGACCCGGCCGAGGCCGAGGCCGAGGAGGAAGAACGCAUUUUGAGUCCCUGGGCCGCGAGCAUCGCGUUGGUCGUCGUGACUGUCCUCGUCGCCAUCUGCGCCGACUAUCUGGUCGGGAGCAUCGAUGACAUCGUCUCUCGGACCGGUAUGAGCCGCACCUUCAUCGGGUUGAUUCUCAUCCCGAUUGUCGGAAAUGCGGCGGAGCAUGUGACGGCCGUCGUGGUCGCCUGGAAGGGUAAGAUGGACCUGGCCAUCGGGGUGGCCAUCGGGAGCAGUCUGCAGAUUGCCCUCUUUGUCACGCCGUUCUUGGUCAUUCUGGGGUGGAUCAUUGACCGCGACAUGACGUUGCACUUCCACGUUUUUGAGACCGUCGCCUUCUUUAUCUCUGGUUUGGUAGUUACGUUCCUCAUCCAGGAUGGAAAGUCGAAUUACCUCGAAGGAGGCCUCUGUUUGGGAUUGUAUGUGGACUCGCCCCUCCCUCCUUGUUUGAUGAUCUCAUCCCUUGUGCAACCUGCUGACUGAACCCUCAGGUAUAUGAUCCUGGCCCUCGCGUUCUACGUUUACCCAGACAAUGUCAACGAGGACAACCUGUUCAUCGGUAACUCUUGAGGCAAUAUCGAGUUGGGAGACGCACGUUGCUCUGAAAUCUUUU